AUGGCGGGCCAGCGCGCGGGCGGCGGCGCCCCGCAGCAGGAGUUGGUAUCUUUUGAAGACAUAGCUGUGGACUUUACCUGGCAAGAGUGGCAGCACCUGGAUACUGUUCAGCAAAACCUUUACAGAGAUGUGAUGCUGGAAAAUUACAGCAGCCUGAAGUUCCUGGGCAAAUUAAACUCCCGCAACUGUAUGACCAAACCAGAUUUGAUCUUCAAGUUGGAGCAAGGAUUUGCACCAUGGAGUGUAGUAGAAGGCUCAAUUCAGAGGCUUCCAGAAUUCAAAAAUCAGCAGAAAAUGCCGUGCACAAAGAGUGAUGAUAUUAAGCAAUGCCAGAAUGCAGUUUACCACAGGUUACGUCACACUUGUUGUCAAGGAACAAACACAGGUGAGAAACCUUAUGAAUGUGGAAUAGUUUGCAGCAUACAGUCACUUCUCACUACACAUCAUCAAACUCACACAGAUGAUAUGCCUUACGUAUGUAGAAAAUGUGGAAAAGCUUUCAUCUCCAAGUCACAUCUCACUAUCCAUCAGAGAACUCACACAGGUGAGAAACCUUAUGAAUGUAAUGAAUGUGGAAAAGCAUACACCAGCCAGUCAAAUCUCACUGUGCAUCAUCGAACUUACACAGGUGAUACACCUUACGAAUGUAGAAAAUGUGGAAAAGCUUUCAUCUCCAAGUCACAUCUCACUAUCCAUCAGAGAACUCACACAGGUGAGAAACUUUAUGAAUGCAAUGAAUGUGGAAAAGCUUAUACCACCCAGUCAAAUCUCACUGUGCAUCAUCGAACUCACACAGGUGAUAAGCCUUAUGAAUGUAGAAAAUGUAGAAAAGCUUUCAUAUCCAAGGCACAGCUUACUGUCCACCAGAGAACUCACACAGGUGAGAAGCUGUGUGAAUGUAGUGAAUGUGGGAAAGCCUUCAUGUCCAAGUCAUAUCUCACUAUGCAUCAGAAAAUACACACAGGCGAGAAGCUGUAUGAUUGUACUGAUUGUGGGAAAGCCUUUACCUUAAAGUCACACCUCACAGUACAUCAGAGAAUUCAUACAGGGGAGAAGCCAUAUAAAUGUAGUGAAUGUGGGAAAGCCUUCAUCUCCAAGUCAAAUCUCACUAUCCAUCGGAGAACCCACACAGGACAGAAGCCAUAUCAAUGUAGUGAAUGUGGGAAAGCCUUCAUGACCAAGUCAUAUGUUACUUUGCAUCAGAGAAUUCACGCUGGUGAGAGACUGUAUGAGUGUAUUGACUGUGGGAAAACCUUUACCUUCAAGCCACAACUCACUGUGCAUCAGAGAACUCAUACAGGUGAAAAGCCAUAUGAAUGUACUGAGUGUGGGAAAUCCUUCAGUUCCAAGUCAUAUGUCACUAUUCAUAAGAGAACUCACACAGGUGAGAGGCUGUAUGAAUGUACUGCUUGUGGGAAAGCCUUUACCUUCAAGGCACAGCUCAGUGUGCAUCAGAGAACGCACACAGGUGAGAAACCAUAUGAAUGUACUGAAUGUGGGAAAGCCUUCAUGUCCAAGUCAACUCUCACUACCCAUCAGAGAACUCACACAGGUGAGAAGCCAUACAAAUGUACUGAAUGUGAGAAAGCCUUCAUGUCCAAGUCAACUCUUACUACCCAUCAGAGAAUUCACACAGGCAACAAGCUAUAUGAAUGUACUGAAUGUGGGAAAGCCUUUAGAUGCAAGUCAUAUCUCACUAUUCAUCAGAGAAUUCACACAGGUGACAAACCAUAUCAGUGCAAUGAAUGUGGGAAAGCAUUCAUUUCAAAGUCAAAUCGUAGGAAGCAUCAAAGAAUUCAUACAGGUAAGAAGCAAUAUGAAUGCCCUAAAUGUGCUAAAAGCUUCAUCUGCAAGACACAUCUCACUCUGCAUCAAAAAACUCACAUAAAUGCAAAACCAUGUGUGUACUGAAUGCAGGAUAGCUUGUCCUACCAUGUCAGAUCUUGAUAAUCAUAAGAGAAUUCAUACAAGUGAGAAGCCAUGUGAAUUUAAUGAAUGUGGAUUAAGUGAAAAACUUUUUUAGUGAAGUUGUAAGUCACAACAAAUAAGAGAACUCACAAAGCUGAAAAGCCAGUUAAAUAAAUUUGAGAAUGGUUUAUUGUAGAAGUCAAACCAAAUUCUGCAUUAGCAAAUUCACAUAGGAGAAAAACCAUAGGAAUGAAAAUAUGGAAAUACCUUAUCUCCCAGUCACAGGUCACUGUGCAUCAGAAAACUCAUACAGGUCAGAGACCUUAUGAAUGUAAUGAAUGUGUAAACUUCUUUCCCCCUUUCACUCACAGCCUACUAUGUAUGAGAGGAUUUAUGUAACUUAGAAACCAUAUUAGUAUAAUGAAUGUUAAAAACCUGCAGAUAAUAUCCAUCAAUCUGAAAAAAAAAACAUAUACUUAAUUCAUUAAGUCAAAGCUUAAUGAAUUUUUGAAAAUCUAUAGAUUAUCUUUUUAUUUUAACUGGCUUGUGGGAAAUAUAUGAGUUGAUUUAAGAAUUUUCAUUUGAAGAUCCACACAAUGAUGUAACCAAAGCUUAAUGGCUGAUGUUUGAAAUUUUGACAGUAUUUUAUGUGUUGACAACUUACUGUGUUAUGUACAGUUCUUGGUAAAUGGUCAUCUGUUGAAUUUAAAAGGAAUCAUCUGUUCUUGUCUGGAAGAAGAAUUUUGAGUAGUUUUGAAUUUCAAGACAUAGAAGCAUCUUUGGCUACAACUACAACUCAUGAAAAGAUUUCUAUAUUUGAACAUGUAAAGAACACUAUGAGAAUGCUUGUCUUAAAAUAGGAUAGGACUGUAAUAACAAUACUAAAGAAUACUACUGUUCUGUUUUGGUCACUCACCUUAUAUUGCUUUGAGAAAUAGAACAAAGGCAGGACAGAGGGGUCAGGACUUACCCAAAGCCUUAAGAUUGACAGUUUGAAGCUAAAGGAAGACUUAAGAUUCUUGAAGGGAAACCCUAUCAGAUCAAAAAUGGAGCUGUGAAGAGGAAAAAAAUUUCAGUGUAAUUGCUUGGAUUUUCUUGGAAUUGUCACCAAUGAAUGCUGCUGGUAGUUUGAUUUCCCAUAAAUCUAGCAUUCAGGGGUAGAGGGAUUAAAUUUGCUCAUGUUCCCCAGGUAAAGCUGCAAAAUUUGAAAUUUCCCUUAUUUCCCCAAUUAUAUUGUUUCAGUAUUUCCUUUCUACACUUUUGUGCAAUGGAAAUAUUUAUUCUAAGUCAUUAUGUUUUGGAAAUAAGCAACUGUACUUUGAGUUAAUAAAGAUAAUAAGUUCAUAGAC